UCCACCAACUGGUUUGCUUUUGUUUGCACUCUACAACACUACACUCAUCCAUAUAUUGCAUUCAUGACUGAUUUAUCUAAUUAUGAUUGUUUUAAAUUUAGUUUGAUAAUAAAUUAACUUCCUUUAAACCUUGUUUCAUGUGUGAUGCCCUUCCUUUGUCAUUUACUUCGAGCCAGUUCGUGACAAUUCAUACAUGUAAUUCUAAGCCGUGAGAACAGUUAUGCUGAGGUUUGUCAUCCAAUAGUAGCCCGCAUACACAAUUCAGUCCCUGUGGGAGGAGGAUUGUGCACAGCAUGCUGAGCAACAGGGGAGUUUUCUUACUCCUUGUAGAGCAUCUUCAGCCUGAUACCACUAAUACAAUCAUCUGCAGCUUCCGUAUGAAAUGAUGUCUGGUAUCAUAGGAAAAAAGUACCCGCUUGUGACUCGACGGCUGAUUCUUUGGGUUUUACUGACCAACUUCAUUCUGGUGCUGUACUACUGGACAAACCAAACAAAAGUGAAUAUCAGGGACUCCAAAGAAGACACGUGUCCUCUCAGAAUGGCAAAAUUAUCCAAGAGAAAUGUGACUUCUCUUGGCACCAAAUCCAGAUCAAAGAAGUGCUCCCCCAAAGUGAACAUCAUGUUUAUGAAGACUCAUAAAACAGCUAGCAGCACCGUGCUCAACAUCCUCUUCAGGUUUGGAGAAAAGCACAAGCUUCAAUUCGCCUUCCCUGACGGACGCAAUGACUUCUUCUACCCGUCACCUUUCCUGUGCUCACAGGUGAAGGACUACACACCUGGGGACUGUUUCAACAUAGUUUGUAACCACAUGCGGUUUGACCCUCAGGAAGUAGCCAAACUCCUGCCCCGAGACGCUGUGUACAUCACCAUCCUACGUGACCCCGUGGAUCUCUUUGAGUCGUCCUUCCAUUAUUACCACAGAGCGGUUCCUCUCACAUGGAUGAUCAGUGGACAGAACAAACUGGCUGAGUUUCUGAACAGUCCUCAGACCUACUACAGCCCAGAUGCUUUUAACUCUUUCUAUCUUAGAAAUCUGCUAUUUUUUGACUUUGGCUUUGAUAACAACGUGGAAGCUGAUGAUCCUCGAGUAAUGAGGAAUAUUCGUAACCUAUUGAGUCAGUUUGAUCUGGUUCUCUUGGCAGAAUAUUUCGAAGAGUCUCUUAUCUUGCUUAAGGACAAACUCUGUUGGAGCAUGGAGGACAUCCUGUAUUUUAAACUUAACGCCCGCAAGACAUCAUCUGUAUCCCGACUCACCCCUGAGUUGAGAGCCAAAGCAUUGAGGUGGAACGGGGCUGAUUGGAAACUCUACCUUCACUUCAAUGCUACAUUCUGGGCCAGAGUGGAGGAUUAUGGGAAAGAAAGAAUGAGCCAGGAAGUAAAGGAGCUCAGGAGAAGAAAUGCUGAGAUGAAGGCCACCUGUAUCGAAGAAGGAGGUGCGGUUGAAGCACAAAAGAUUCAGGACAGGCGUUUCCUUCCCUGGCAGCCGGUUGGAGAGGCUUCCAUCCUGGGGUACAACAUGAAGAAAAAUCUUGAUCCAAACUUCAGGACAAUCUGUGAGAAAAUGCUCACCCCUGAAAUACAAUACUUAUCAGACCUGGGUGUUAGCUUGUGGCUAACAAGACUGUGGGGUUGGUUUAAAGAUGCUGUUUUGACUAUUUGACUGAGAUAACAUCACAAACUUAAUUACAGAUAACAUUUCUAUGUUGAAGAUGUUAUGUAUUAAUUUAUUGAAGCUAUCUAUUUUUUUUUAAAGUUCAUUGCAGACACAUUUUUCAUGGUUUGAUUAUUAAAACAUUACCUUUAAGUUUGUACUUGAAUCUUGUAUAAUGAAGAGGAAAAACUGUGAUUUGGGCAAACAAGCUUUA